AUGGCUAGGCUGUCAGACCUGCCUGCAGAGCUAUUCGACGCCAUCCUGGAGCAUCUCUACAUUGUCGACCUUUGGACUCUCCUCUUAUCUCAGUCAACCAGCAGACGCUUCCGCAGAGUCGUUCAGUUGAUUCUCUCAAGAUCAAACCUCCCGUACACUGAGCAAGUGACAGAUGAGGAUGAGGAUGACGAUGACGAUGACGGCAGUAGCUACUGGUGCUCCUAUGAUAUCAAUGUGAUGCUGUGGCGCAAUUUCAAUUAUAUCUUUAGGCCUACCAGCUGUUUCACGGUCGAAGAGAUAGAGCAGCAGAAUAAUUACUACCUCACCAUUGUUGGUAAUCGCGCGCUUUCCUUCCAACGUCUUCGUUGGGUCAAGGAGGAUCACUCGCGGCAGGCGUACCUUCGCCCGGAGGCAAGUUGGCGACAUCUCACUAUAGCUCGGCCCUGUCAGAAGAAGCCUUUUACGCGAUUGGAGAUCAUUAGGUCGUACACCAGUGACGAGCAUGGCGACGAGGUUGAGUACCUCCGCCUCGACCUCCUCGACCAAGGCAUUCUCACCAUGGGCUUGUUGUACGAUACGCUCCUCAGCGAUAUGGUCCACUUUGGCAACAACACCGGCGGUUGGGUGCUGCAUAGAGGCGUGCGGCUACGCAAUUAUGAUCUUCUUCUCGAAUACGAAUGCUUCGUCAUUAAUGAUGAUGAGCUUCUAGAUCUCGGUCCAGACAGCCAGCAGUGCGCUAUUCUCCACAUCGAAGGUGCUGCGGUAGAGGCAGAUACGGAAGUGGAAUCUUGGACCGUUAAUCACGACUGGACGCCAUCAAUGAUAGAGCCUGAUCGGAUUCGCUUUCUGAAUUGGGACGGAGAGCACGUGUCGGAAUCUACAAUCAAAACGCACCUGCAAUGA